AUGCCCCCCAGGUCUCUUUCCAACCUCUCCUUACCCGUGGAGGCGAAUGAGAGCGAGCUGGUUCCCGAGGUGUGGGAAAAAGAUUUCCUGCCGGGCUCAGACGGGACCACCGCGGAGUUGGUGAUCCGCUGUGUGAUCCCAUCCCUCUACCUAAUCAUCAUUACGGUGGGCUUGCUGGGCAACAUCAUGCUGGUGAAGAUAUUCCUCACCAACAGCGCCAUGAGGAGCGUCCCUAACAUCUUCAUUUCUAACCUGGCGGCUGGGGACCUGCUGCUGCUGCUGACCUGCGUUCCAGUGGACGCCUCCCGCUACUUUUUUGAUGAGUGGGUGUUCGGCAAGCUGGGCUGCAAACUCAUCCCCGCCAUCCAACUCACCUCGGUGGGGGUUUCUGUGUUUACGCUCACCGCACUCAGCGCUGACAGGUACAGAGCUAUCGUGAACCCCAUGGACAUGCAGACUUCUGGCGUGGUGCUGUGGACCAGUGUGAAGGCCGUGGGCAUCUGGGUGGUCUCUGUGUUGUUGGCUGUCCCAGAAGCUGUGUUUUCGGAAAUAGCACGAAUUGGUAGCUUGGAUAACAGCAGUUUCACAGCAUGCAUACCUUACCCGCAAACAGAUGAGCUGCAUCCAAAGAUUCACUCAGUGCUCAUUUUUCUUGUCUAUUUCCUCAUACCACUUGUUAUUAUAAGUAUUUAUUAUUAUCAUAUUGCAAAGACUUUAAUUAAAAGUGCACACAAUCUUCCAGGAGAAUACAAUGAACAUACCAAAAAGCAGAUGGAGACCCGGAAACGCCUGGCUAAGAUUGUGCUCGUUUUCGUGGCCUGUUUUGUCUUCUGCUGGUUUCCCAACCACGUCCUUUACUUGUACAGGUCUUUCAACUACAAGGAAAUCGACCCUUCCCUGGGUCACAUGAUAGUCACCUUAGUGGCCCGGGUUCUGAGUUUCAGCAAUUCCUGUGUCAAUCCCUUUGCUCUUUACCUGCUCAGCGAAAGCUUCAGGAAGCACUUCAACAGCCAGCUCUGCUGCAGGAGGAAGUCCUAUCCCGAGAGGUCAACCAGCUACCUUCUCAGCUCUUCUGCCGUGAGAAUGACUUCUCUGAAGAGCAACACAAAGAACGUUGUGACCAGUUCUGUCCUGCUAAAUGGACACAGCGCAAAGCAGGAGAUAGCACUGUGA